AUGUUGAUCAGCGAGAAGCAGGCAGAAGUUAGCGUCCACACUACCAGCAUCGAGGGCUACCCCACUCCACAACGCAAUGCAGACGAUACACUACUCGCUGAACUUGGGUACAAAGCCGAGUUCAAGCGCGAGUUCUCGAUGAUCGAGACAAUUGCUUUUGCCUUCUCAAUCAUGGGUGUGGUGGCUUCUGUAACAUCGACAUUCUCAUUUCCAUUGGUCUCAGGUGGUCACGUUGGAAUGGUCUGGGGAUGGCUGAUCCCCUGUUUCUUUGUGAUGACGGUGGCAUCUUCAAUGGCGGAGCUGGUAUCAUCAAUGCCGACUUCUGCUGGCCUCUAUUACUUUUCCGCUAAACUCGCACCUCCGAAAUACUCCGCAUUAGCGAGCUGGAUCACAGGAUGGGCCAAUAUCACGGGCCAAGUUACUCUUGUGUGUUCCAUUGAUUUUACAUGUGCGCAGAUGAUCGCUACUGCGAUUGCGGUGAGCUCUGAUGGAGCAACGAUAGUGAGCUCUGGUGCCACAUACGGCAUCUUACUUACCAUUCUAUUUACCCAUGGCCUGGUGUGUUCUGCUGCUACGAACGUAUUGGCCCGCUUGAAUCUGUUUUACGUCAUUGUCAACGGCAAAUGGACUUCCGGAUCCCAAUUUCUUCCAACAGUUGGUACCACUAUAGCCGCCAUCGUUGCUCUACUCGUCUGUUCUGGUGACAACAAAGUAUCCACCAAAGAUGCCUUCACUAUGUUCGAGAACAACACAGGAUGGAGCAACAAUGGAUGGGCUUUCCUUCUUGCUUUCACAUCUCCAAUGUGGACGCUCACGGGCUAUGACUCCGCUGCGCACAUCUCUGAAGAGGUAGCCGGUGCUCAGCGUACAGCACCCAUUGCAAUCCUCGUGGGUGUAUUCGGGACACAAGUACUAGGCUGGCUUCUCUUCAUCGCGUGCUCCUUUGCAACGGCUUCAGUGACCGACUUGUUGACUAGUGCCUUACCACUUCCCAUGGGUCAGCUAUUUUUGGAUGUACUUGGAAAAAGAGGGAUGCUAGCAAUAUGGAGUUUUAUCAUUGUUGUCCAGUUCGUGACGGGAGCUGCACAAGGAGUCGAUGCAUCUCGCGUCAUCUUCGCUUUUGCGAGAGAUAACGCUCUUCCCGGCUCUCGUUGGUGGAAGCGGAUCAAUCGGCACACGCAAACUCCUGUAAAUGCUGUUUGGUUGGUAAUGGCUGGUGCUGCUGUCUGUGGCUUGUUAGGCUUCUCUGCUGCUGCACUUUCAUCCCUUGCGGGGGCCUCUGUCAUCGGCUUGUACGUGUCUUAUGCAACACCUAUCUUCCUUCGUAUCACAUCGGGCCGUGAUAAGCUAGUCCCUGGCACAUUCAGCCUGGGAAGGUGGUAUAUGCCUAUUGGGAUCAUAGCGGUUGCAUGGGUAUCAUUCAUUGUUGUAUUAUUGUUCUUUCCCUCAACACAAACAGCCACCCCGGUGGGGAUGAACUACGCUGUUGUGAUUAUCAUGGGCGUGUUCGUCUUUGCGUCUAUCUCUUGGGUCGUUUCAGCGCAUAAGUGGUUCCAUGGCCCGAUCAAGAAUAUUGAUGAUUCCACGUCGUCUUUAGAGGGGAAAGAGCUUUGA